AAUAGUUAAAAUACAAAAAUAAACCAGAUCAUGUCCCAUUCAAAGUACGCCUCUACACCACAAACAACUAACUUAGCACGGAUCUCCCGCCUGAUACUGGGACCCUGUGCUGAUAUCAUGAGGGAUGUACUUCUCAACGAGGUUCCAACGACUGACCUGUCCAGGAGAGUUAAAAACUGGAUAAAGUCGGAAAAGAGGAACCCACUUAAUAAAUCGCAAACUGAUUUGUUGUUCCCUCCGCAGUCAAAUAUCUAUGGUGGAAAUUAUUCCGAUAUGGAUAUAUCCUUGCUCUAUAUUCUCUUACGUAAUGUGACAAAUUUACCUGCACACAAUCAAGGUUGGGGUAAUGAUCCUGACCCUACAGAUAGAAGUGUAUCGGCAAAUAUGGAGCGUAUAAGGCUCAUCAGAAACAAACACUAUGGACAUGCUGUUGAAAUAGGCAUACCUGAUGCCGAUUUCCAGAGUGAGUUUAUGAUUAUUAGCAAAAUCGCCGAAGAUGUUGAUAUUUAUUUUGGCGUCUCAAAACAUCAGGAAUCAGUAGACUUUAUAAAAAGAGAAAAAAUGGACCCAGAACAGGAAAUGAAAUGGAUAAAGCAGCUUACAAUAAUAGAGUCGCUGGUCUCAGAUGUAGAGGAAAACACCAGAGAAAUACUGGAACUGAAACGUAAGUCAUCAGUUGCAAACUGA